AGUUCGUCCCUCCGACCCGUUAAGACGGACCGAUCUUUUCUGCUCCAGUUCUUCUCGAGGGCUUCGCUCUUGCUAAUCGGAGGCGGCGUGGGGGAGGAGGAGAGGGAGGCGCGGCAGAAUGAAGCCAGUAGUUGGGAUCGUGGUGUCGAACAAGAUGCAGAAGUCGGUGGUGGUGGCGGUGGACCGGCUCUUCCACCACAAGCUCUACAAUCGCUACGUCAAGCGCACCAGCAAGUUCAUGGCCCACGACGAGAAAAACCAAUGCAACAUCGGCGACCGGGUUAGGUUGGAUUCUUCAAGGCCGCUGAGCAAAAGAAAGCACUGGGUUGUUGCUGAGAUUCUAAGGAAGGCAAGAAUCUACGUUCGACCAUCUCUGGCAGCUCAAACACCCAGUGAGCCAGCUGCUGCUUCAACUCCACUUGGAUCUCUUCCUUCUUCACGAGGUUAACAGCAAAAGCAGAAUCAUCUUGUGUAAUAUAGCAAAGUUUGCAAGCUUAUGAGCUUCAAUACCAUUGAUAGUGUUCCUCCAUAUAAUGCAUGAACCACCGUUUGUACAA